AAAUUUGUCGACAACUUGAUGCCUGUCGUGAAAAAAUUCGUCAAGAAAAACCACAACAACCAAAGAGUUCUCGUCCUGCUGUUGGUCUUCAACAACGCUCUUCAGGUAAACCUAUCAUCGGCAACAUUAGCAAACAACUUCAACAACAAAAACAUGACUAUGCCCUUCGUGCUGAAGAAAAACGUUUGAUUCGUAUGAAGAAUGCUCUUUGGAGACGUAUGGGUCAAAGUGUCGGUUGUGUCGGAAAAGGCAACAAAUUAGUUUCCCCAAAAACUUUGAAAUGGCAAAAGGAAUGCGAUAUCCUUUGGUUGUUUGCACCCCUUUAUCAACCUGAUAAUGAUCCAUUCUUGGAGGAUGAUGAUGACCAAACUUUAGUCGGAAGUCCUCCAGGUACUUGUUGCCCGUCAUCACCCGUUUUUGGUGCCACCGCGUCUCCUCCAUUACCAUUUGAUCUUUCUACUCCUUCUUCUUCUCCAUCAAACUCUCCGUCCAUUUACAUUAAACCGGCUCUAAAGAAACCCGUGGAACAUGAUCCAUUAAAAGAUCUCAUUUCUUACGCUUAUGAAAUGAUGUGGAUUAAUGCAAAAAAUCCUGAUAUCGAUUCAAAGUCCUUUGCUAAUUAUCGUUAUCCAAAUCCACAACCGAUUGAACCUAAACAAAAGAAAAAAACUAUUAGGUUUAGUCGUAAUUUGGAGCAAGUUCAUUAUACUCCUACGCAUUAUACUACUGUACGACCUCCUUCUCCUCCAAUGCGGCCAAUGCGGCGUAGGACUAAUCCAUUCUCUUUAGAUCAAAAACAUCCUGUAAAUUAUGAUCAAAUGUUUGCUUUGGCUAAAGAUCAAUUUAAAAAUACUGGAAAAGUUAAUUUACCAUUCGGUAAAGAUGGUUCCUUUAUUGGUGGUCCUAUUCAAAAUGUUGAUGAUUUCGCUUUACCACCACCAAUGAUCAAAUCAAGCCCGCGUGGCAUUCCGCGUGGUUCUCCACCGCGAAGGAUGAUGGUCCCUCCUCCACAUCAUCAUGUUAAUAAUCCUCGUAUGAUGGUGCCACGUAGUGCUAUUGAAGUUAAACGUAUUAAUAAUCAACAAAUGAGGGUUCCUGAAAUGAAUGAGUCCGGUGUUGUGGAGCGAUGUGUCAACAUUGCUUCUAAUGUUAAAGAUGUUGUUAGUUGGUGCGGUUCAAUGUUGUGGAACACUGCUGUGUUCUAA